AGCCGAGCUGACACGCUGCCUGCCCUUCGGAGCAAACAAAGGAAGCGAGAGCCGCGGCCAGAUCUGUCCUCCCCGGCUUGGUUUUCCCAGCGUGAUUCUAAAAAUGGGCAACAGAAUGCCAUCUUUAGGAUUAAGCCUUCUUUCUUAUCGUUCCUGCAUUCAGAGAAGGAACUAGCGAGCCCGUUUGACUCCAGGUACAGCGCCUGAGCUCCCAGGGAAAAACAGAGAGGUGCGGAGCUCUCCUGCUAGCGGAAAGGCAUGUCUAUCACAGGACUGAAAAGGAAGCAGCCGAAGACUUUUAAAGUGAAAGUGAUAACAAUGGAUGCCGAAAUGGAGUUUAGUUGCGAGAUAAAAUGGAAGGGGAAAGACUUAUUUGACCAGGUCUGCCGUGCCUUGGGUCUGAGAGAAACGUGGUUCUUUGGCCUGCAGUACUCCAUCAAAGGGAUGCUCACCUGGCUGAAGAUGGAUAAAAAGGUUUUAGAUCAGGAAAUCCCCAAAGAAGAUCCGGUUUGUUUUCGCUUUCUGGCUAAAUUUUACCCCGAGAAAGUCGAAGAAGAGCUUCUGCAGGAGAUCACCCAGCACCUAUUCUUCCUGCAGGUUAAGAAACAAAUACUGGAUGAAGAAAUCUACUGUUCUCCCGAGGCUACGAUUUUGUUGGCUUCUUAUGCUGUUCAAGCAAAGUAUGGUGAUUAUGACCCCGACCUCCACAAACCAGGCUUCCUAGCCCAGGAAGAACUCUUGCCAAAGAGAGUCCUCCGUCAGUAUCAAAUGACACCUGACAUGUGGGAAGAGAGGAUAGCUGCCUGGUAUGCAGGACACAGGGGUAUAGCCAGGUAUGAAGCUGAGAUGAACUACCUAAAAAUCGCACAGGACUUGGAAAUGUACGGGGUUAAUUAUUUUCCCAUUGCUCAAAAGAAGAAUCACACAGAUUUCCUUCUCGGUGUCGAUGCCAAAGGGAUCCACGUGUACAGUAUCAACAAUCGGUUCUCUCCCAACAAGUCUUUCGAAUGGAGCAGCAUUCGGAACAUUUCCUACAGCGAGAAAGAGUUAACAAUUAAGCCUAUUGACAAGAAAGCCGAAGUCUUCAAGUUCUUCUCCUCACAGCCCAAAGUCAAUAAACUGAUCAUGCAGCUUUUCAUUGGAAACCACGACUUGUUCAUGCGGAGGAGGAGAGUAGACCCCAUUGAGAUCCAGCAAAUGAAAGCUCAAGCCAGGGAAGAGAAGGCUAGAAAGAAGAUGGAGCACCAACGGCUCGCCAGGGAGAAGCAGCUGCGUGAAGAGGCUGAGCGAGCCAAGGAGGAGCUGGAAAGGCGCCUGUUUGAGGUGGAAGAUGAAGCCAGGCAAGCCAAUGAUGCCCUGCGCCGUUCGGAGGCAGCCGCAGAGCUGUUGGCCGAGAAGGCCCAAAUCGCUGAGGACGAGGCGAAGCUGCUGGCGCAGAAUGCUGCUGAGGCUGAGCAGCAACGCCAAAGGCUGGAGCUGGCGGCCCGAAAGACCAAGGAAGAGAAGCACCUGAUGGAGCACAAGAUGCGGGAGGCAGAGCUAAUCGCCAUGCAGCUGGUGAAAGAGUCGGACCUCAGGGCCAAAGAAACGGAGCAUUUGAAACAGGACCUGCAGGAAGCCAGGGAAGCGGAAGAAAAGGUCAAGCAGAAACUCCUGGAUGUCAACAAGCUUAAUCAUCUUCCAUGCCCUCCGUCCUUCUUGGCCGACAUCAGAGAUGCCAGCGCUGAAAAAGGAGGUGUGAAGUUGGAUUUAAGAGACAUCGACUUGAAGAGGCUCUCCUUGGAGAUUGAAAGAGAGAGGUUAGAUUACCUUGACAAGAGCCGGAAGUUUGAAGAUCGGCUAAAAGACCUCAAGUCAGAAAUCCAUGCUCUGAAACUUGAAGAGAAACAGGCUGGGCUUCUCUCACGCUGGAAUGAAUUGCUUGGGUCCUUGAACCGAUCUUCGCGGAAAAUGUACAAGACUCCUUUGUGGAUCGAAGCCUUUGAGGCAGACCUUUUAGACAGCCUUCAGCGGCCUUUCUUGAUGCAUCCAUUAAAUGCAGAUGACAAAACCGUACUCGGAACUCCGACAGAAAAACCUUCCCUUCAGACUGACCCAUUUCUUGCUGGAAACGUGGGGACAGGAACCAGAAAGCAAAUCAAGGUCAAUUGGUGGUAG